AUGCUUUCGGGAGAGGAGGGGCCGCUGGCUGCGCUAGAGCGCCGGGUGGGGAGCCGGCGGGCGAUAGGAUCCAGGUGGAAAAACAAUGCGGAGGACGGAGGCGCCCCUUCCCCGCGGCGCGUCUCCGGCGGGGCGGGGGACCUCCGCGGCGCGGCAAGUGCGCUGCGGCUGGGCGGGGCGCUGGGCCGGACGGUGCCUCGGCUGGCAAUGCAGCUUUUUCCCAGGAUCGAUGCAGUUUCAACUGCUGUCUAUGCAUCUCCAGCAAGAAGCCUGGGAGAUCCAGGAAUAACACCACUCUCUCCAUCCCAUAUUGCACAGGAUUCAGAUACAAAUAACCCAGAGGAGCAAUCAUUUCUCGUUGUUGUGGCUAUAGACUUUGGCACAACUUCCAGUGGCUACGCCUACAGCUUUGCCAAGGAGCCAGAAUGUAUUCAUAUAAUGAGGCGAUGGGAAGGAGGAGACCCUGGUGUGUCCAAUCAGAAGACACCAACAACUAUCCUCUUAACACCAGAGAGAAAAUUCCACAGCUUUGGUUAUGCAGCCAGAGAUUUCUAUCAUGACCUAGAUCCUAAUGAAUCAAAACACUGGUUGUAUUUUGAAAAAUUUAAGAUGAAGCUUCACACCACUGGUAAUCUCAAUCUGGAAACAGACCUGACAGCUGCAAAUGGCAAGAAAGUCAAGGCACUUGAAAUAUUUGCUUACGCUCUUCAAUACUUUAAGGAACAAGCAUUAAAGGAGUUGAGUGAUCAGGCAGGUUCGGAUUUUGAAAACUCUGAGAUCCGGUGGGUCAUCACAGUGCCAGCUAUCUGGAAACAGCCUGCAAAGCAGUUUAUGAGGCAAGCUGCAUACAAGGCAGGAAUGGCGUCCCCUGAGAUGCCCGAGCAACUGAUAAUUGCCUUGGAACCAGAGGCUGCAUCCAUCUACUGCAGGAAACUCCGCCUUCAUCAGAUGAUAGACUUAAGCAGCAAAGGGCCUGUGAAUGGAUAUAACCCAAGUGAAACCAUUGGCACAGGCUUCACUCCAGCUAAAGAACACAUUCGUCGUAACCGGCAGAGCCGCACCUUUUUGGUUGAAAAUGUCAUAGGGGAGAUCUGGUCCGAGUUGGAGGAAGGGGACCGUUAUAUCGUUGUGGACAGUGGAGGAGGGACAGUUGAUUUGACUGUCCACCAGAUCAGACUACCUGAAGGGCACCUGAAGGAGCUCUAUAAGGCAACAGGUGGGCCAUAUGGUUCCUUGGGGGUAGACUAUGAAUUUGAAAAACUCCUGUGUAAAAUAUUUGGAGAAGAUUUUAUUGAACAAUUUAAAAUCAAACGGCCUGCUGCCUGGGUUGAUCUGAUGAUCGCGUUUGAAUCUCGCAAGAGAGCAGCAGCUCCAGACCGGACAAAUCCACUCAACAUCACUCUGCCUUUCUCAUUCAUUGACUAUUACAAGAAAUUCCGAGGUCACAGUGUGGAACAUGCCUUAAGGAAAAGCAAUGUGGAUUUUGUGAAGUGGUCAUCACAAGGAAUGCUCAGGAUGAGUCCAGAUGCAAUGAAUGCUCUCUUCAAACCCACCAUUGACCAAAUUAUACAGCAUCUCAGUGAUCUGUUUGAAAAGCCAGAAGUGACCAGUGUGAAGUUCCUCUUCCUGGUGGGUGGCUUUGCUGAAGCUCCGUUGCUACAACAGGCAGUCCAGAAUGCUUUUGGCUCAAAGUGCCGCAUCAUCAUCCCACAGGAUGUGGGCCUUACCAUCCUCAAGGGAGCAGUCUUAUUUGGCCUGGAUCCUGCAGUCAUUAAAGUGCGCCGUUCCCCCCUGACCUAUGGGGUAGGGGUCCUGAAUCGUUACGUGGAAGGGAAGCACCCUGCAGAAAAGCUGCUAGUUAAAGAUGGCACCCGCUGGUGCACUGACGUCUUUGACAAAUUUAUCUCUGCUGACCAGUCAGUGGCUCUCGGUGAAACCGUCUCACGCAGUUACACGCCGGCCAAGCCCUCGCAGCUGGUCAUUGUGAUCAAUAUCUACAGCUCAGAACAUGACAACGUCAGUUUCAUCACCGAGCCAGGGGUGAAAAAGUGUGGCACACUCCGCCUGGAUCUCACAGGAACGGAUAAAUCUGUGCCAAGCCGGAGGGAAAUCAAAACGCUAAUGCAGUUUGGGGACACUGAGAUUAAAGCCAUGGCAAUUGAUGUUGCCACCUCUAAAAGUGUCAAAGCUGGUAUUGAUUUCCUAAACUACUAAUACUCCUUUCCUCACCA